UAAUCGAUUCACCAUGUUGUUUACUUCCUGUUUGAGUGAACUAGUUCCUGUUGGUCACUAUGAACCUCAAGCAAAUGCAACUCCUUACCUAGCAAUUCGUUUCCCCGCUAGCCAUCUCAGUUAGCCCGCUGCUAACAAUCCUUGGUCUCCAAGGCAACCAUGAACAUCCUCCCGAAGAAGAGCUGGCAUGUCCGUAACAAGGACAAUGUCGCGCGAGUGCGGAGGGAUGAAGCCCAGGCGGCAGAGGAGGAGCGCGAGGCCAAGCGCCGCGUGGAGCGAGCAGAGCAAGAGGCGCGUACCGAGUACCUGAGAAGGAAAUCUCGGGCUGCUCUCCAGUCAGCAGGAGCAGAGGGAGCCGAUGACGUCGAACGGAGCGAAUCCAGUCUGGAACAUCUCAAUCUGUUUCCUCUGGAAGAGGCGUCAGAGAAGACGGGAAACGAGGAAUAUCUAAGAGAAAAGAAGGAAGAAAAGGAGAAGCAGGAAAGAGCUAUUGGCUUACUUGUGUCUUUGGGGCCACAGCCAGGGUCAGAGGUCACCCCGUGGUACAUGAAAAGCAGCCAAGAAAAAGAAGAGGAGAGGAAAGAGAAAGAGCAGAGGAAGGGGAUAUCUGAAGAGGAGAGAGAGAAGAAGGAUCGCAGACUGAAGGAUUGUUUGGAUCCUUUGAAGGACAUGAAGAAAGCGAUGGGUGUUUACGAGAGGAGGGAGCAGAAGAAGAAGAAAGAAAAAAGAGACAAAGGGCAAAAGAAAAUCACAGGAGAGAGCUCCAUAGAGCGGCUUCGAGCUGAGCGCCUGCAGAGGGAGGCAGAAGAAAGGAGGCGAGCCCAGGCGCUGCUUGACCAGCGGAGCGGUAAAAGAAAGGGAACGGAUGCAGAAAUGAACGAGAGGGAGCGGCCGUACAACAACGCCUUCUUCCCAGAACUCGCCCGGAAGCGGCAGCGGCGCGACCGGGAGAGCUGGAGGGAUGAAAUCCUAAAAUCUUGAAACGUUUUAUGUAGUUAAGAACUGGGGAUAGCAUUCAGAGGGAAUUUCAAUGUUAUUUCUGAUUUUGGUGUUUAAAUGGAGACUGGGGGUCACGUUCAGCAGCAGCAGCCUGGUGUAACCCCUGCAGUGUUUUGCUCAUGAGCACAUCAGCAGGGCAGAUGGUUGUCCACACAGGGGGCUCAGUCUGUCAGCCUGGCUCACACCGUCUGAACGCAUCACACUGAAAAAUAUAAACCCAGGCUUUGCCUCUGUUUGGAUCCUCUGGCACAUUUUGCUAAAUUGUGAUUCUUUGUUAAAUGGAUAAAUUUUCAGCUAUUGCCUUGGACUUUGAGGAGUUAUGAUCGGCAUUUCGUCUCCCUUUUUUUUCUUUUGCAAGACGUUAAAAAGACAACAUUCUCUAAAUUGUGGGCUGAAGUAAAAAUGAUCAUCCUUUCAGCACGUAAUGAAAAAUGCCUCUGUUUUUGUUUGGAGAUGCUGCCCUCCUCCUUGUGGACCGGAUGUGUGUUUUUCACGUUUGUGUUUCUGGCAUUUAUUCAGCAGAUAUUUCAGUGUGUUGCAGACCCACUCAUGACUGCGUCUCAUUUGUGCGCCUCGGUUUCAGGCAGCACGCUGACUCACUUGUACGCAGACGCUUGGAAACGUCAAAGCAUUUGGGCUCCACUACUGACAUGAAUAUCUGCAGUGAGACAUUAUGAAAUCUGCAGAUUUAAAGACCGUGUUGGAUUUGUGCCACUUUGCAUGAGUGAUGUUUACAUUUUGUCAGGUAAUUAUGAAUGAUAUAUGUGGAAUAAAUGGAUCAAUCGGAAGGAAAACAUAAUAAUAUUCAAACUGUGUUUCUACUUUGUGAAAUUUGAUUCCAGUAACUUAAAGGUUUGGAUAAAUAUUUAUAGAUUCAGACUUUGUUUCCUGUUCCACUGUUUUGUACCGAUGGCUAAAAUCCCUGAGUUGAAAGUAUUCAGGGACUAAAAUGUUCCCCCCCCAAUUAAAAAUGUAAAUAUAACAUAAUGAUUUUUUUCUGUUUACCUGCACAAUCCUAAAUUAAACAUGUUAUUGUACAUUUCCCUUACUAUUCAGUUACUUAAUUUUUAAGGCUAAUUACUUUCGAUUUUGUUGGUCUUAAAAAUGUUUUUAGUUUAUCACCUCUAACAAAAACGACAGUUGUCUUCUAAAACGUUUGCUGUAUUUAGCAAAGUACAUUGAAUAGUGUUUGUGUUUCUGUUAGGAAAACACAGAUGAAUGUUUGUGGGAAAAAUUAUUGCAAAAUAAAAAUUAAAGCCAAAAAAGGCAAGAAAAGAAAAU